CUCUAAAUCAAGUUAGUUGUGGUUCGACCCUAGAGCAUACACUAGCUCUGUUGCAGCGCUGAUUACAACCGUUUUACUUGGUUUGAUGUUAAUCAAAUCGCGUUCGAUCUCGUUACAGCCGUUAUAAAUUUGUUAAAUCACUAAAGUUACAACAAUCCAGUUUGGGAUGUAGAAUAGUUAGGAGUGAGCCAUGAUAACACUAGUCCUAAGCAGUGUUGUGAUCGUCGCAUUUGUCUGUUGGUUGUGGCAGGAUCUUCAACGUCCACCCAACUUUCCACCAGGUCCUAAAUGGCUCCCAUUCUUCGGUAACACACUACUACUUCGCCACUUGGCGCGGGUUAGUGGUGGUCAACAUUUGGCAUUUGAAGCUCUCUCCAAGCAGUACAACAGCCCAAUAAUAGGCCUUAAACUUGGACGUGAACACGUUGUAGUGGCAUUGCAGUACCCUGCCGUGCAUGAAGCUCUUACCAAAGAAGCGUUCGAUGGGCGACCCGACAAUUUCUUCAUCCGAUUGAGAACUAUGGGAACCAGAUUGGGCAUUACUUUCACAGAUGGUCCUUUUUGGACAGAACAUAGUAGUUUCGUUGUACGUCAUCUACGACAAGCGGGCUAUGGUAGACAACCGAUGCACAUGCAGAUACACAAUGAACUGAAAGAAUUGAUCGGAAUCAUAGAAGACCUUAACGGUGAACCAGUUUGGCCAGGCAGUAUUCUUCCCACUAGUGUAAUCAACGUCUUGUGGACUUUUACAACCGGAUCGAGGAUUCCGAGGGAUGACCAACGACUUACUAGGUUGUUAAAACUUCUACAGGAUAGAUCAAAGGCAUUCGACAUGUCAGGAGGUGUUCUGAGUCAGCUGCCAUGGCUUCGACAUAUAGCACCGGAGUGGACUGGAUACAAUCUAAUCAAUCGAUUCAACCAAGAAAUUCAUGAGUUUUUCAAGGCAACUAUUGAAAAACACCACCAGGACUACACUGAGGAAAAGUGUUCAGAUGAUUUGAUUUAUGCUUUCAUCAAAGAAAUGAAGGAGCGAAAAGAUGAUCCAUGCUCCACUUUCACAGUUAUUCAACUGUCAAUGAUCAUACUAGAUAUAUUCAUUGCUGGAUCUCAAACUACCAGUACUACGAUUGAUAUAGCGCUCAUGAUAUUAGCUAUGAACACUGAAAUUCAAAGGAAGAUCCAUGCGGAAAUUGAUGAUAAUUUUCAUCCAGAUGAAAUACCCGAUCAAAACUGUAGAACGAACUUACAGUACACGGAGGCAUUCUUACUGGAAGUUAUGAGAUUAUAUCAAAUUGCACCAAUCGGUGGUCCUCGAAGGGCACUCUCAGAUUGUACACUUGGAGGCUACCGAAUUCCAAGAAACACCACAAUCCUAAUGGGACUACACACAGUGCAAAUGGAUCCGGACCAUUGGGGUGAUCCGGAGAAUUUCAGACCAGAACGAUUUAUUGGCCCCGAUGGGAAAAUAAUCAACACCGAACGACUGAUCCCAUUUGGCUUGGGAAGACGACGUUGCCUUGGAGAUUCGCUCGCACGAUCUUGCAUGUUUGCGUUCCUUGUAGGGAUUUUACAGAAAUUCAGCCUUCGUCUACCGGACAGUUUGGAAGGACCUAGUCUGAAACUAACCCCAGGUAUCACGCUCUCACCAAAGCCGUAUAAAGUUGUGUUCGAACCUAGAUUGAAAUAAAAAAAAUAUUCGAGACUGGGGAAUGUAUUUUUUGUGUACUCGAAGUAUGAAGUUCUAAGCAGAAUAAAUUAAUAAAUUAUUCCAGAUUUCAUUGGUAUAA